AUGAUUAGUUCUAGUAUUAAAGUCUUACAAGUGAAUUUGAACUGUAGCGCCGAAGCUACAGAGAGUGCUCUACAGCUAGCUGUAGAGACUAAAGUGGAUAUAUUACUUGUUCAAGAGCCUUGGCUAGUCCCAGGCAAUACCCGCUCAGUACUCCACCCCAGCUAUACUCAAAUUCUGCCGAAAACUCACCUACGGCCACGAACGCUAGCUUAUAUAGCUAGGGGGUUUAGGCCCUCUAGCUGUAUAGCUAAUACUUCACCAAACGACCCGGAUCUACUUGUUUUAGAUAUUUCGGAGGCAAACGCAACUAUUCAACUCUUUAAUAUCUACAAUGAGCAGGAUUUAGGCGAUUCGGGCUUACGUACAGUUAAUCGGGUACUUUACUCUAGGGCCCUAGGCCCUAAUACUGUACUAGCCGGAGACCUUAAUAUCCACCACCCCUGGUGGGAUCCGUUAGCACCUAUUACCUCUCCUGGAGCCGAAGAGCUAGUCGAUUGGAUCGAAUCCAAUAGCCUAGAGCUAUUGAACACCCCUGGCACAGGUACCUUUUUCAGACCCCAUAUGACUAGAGAAAGUGUCCUAGACCUUACUUUAGUCAGCCCAAGCUUAGCUAGCAAAAUCCAGGACUGGAUCGUACUCCCGGAUCUCGGAUCGGAUAACUACAGUAUUAGCUUCACUAUUGCCGGCAAUACUAGACCGCUAGUCGAUAAUCCAAGCCUAGCCACCGCCUAUAAUACCGACCUAGCCGAUUGGAACCUAUUCUCAGAGAAGCUGAAAUCCGGCUUCCUUCUCCGAACUACUUCCUUCUCUCCUUUGCUUACAACUGCAACUACAACUGUAACUACAACUAUAACUACAACUACAACUACAACUACUACUACUACUACUACGAUGUUUAGUGUCUCCGUUUGUAACUUUAAUAUAGUUAAUCUCCUAAGUCCUAUCUAUUUUUCUAUCUCGGAAAAGAAACAGGCCCAAGUCUUCCCCGCUAUCAAGAAAGUCUCCGAAGAGAUCAAAGUCCAGGCCGAAGCUUUCCUGAAAGAGGAGGCACUUCCUAAAAGUACUAACACUGUCGCUCUCGCUUACUUAGAGGAGACGAAGAAGACCAACUUCUUUCUAGAAGAGUUACUUGCCCCCCCCCCUGUUACUGACAACGACGACGACGACGAUAAAAACUCCGAUUCGGAAGAGUUCUCCUCUUCCGAGGAGGAGGAAGAAGAGGACGUGUCUAGUUCCGAGUUUAAAAUAGAAGAAAAGGAGAGUAAAGAGAAUAGAAGUAAUAAAGAGAUAAGUGAAGUAGAAAGUAAAGAAGAGUAG